CCGCGCUAUUGGAUAAUUAUACGUGACGUUGCAGGUGCGGAAAAAAAAACGCCGAGAAGUAGUUAAGAAGCGAGCCAGUAACUUUGGAAAGAGGUUUGAUUUGAGCUUUAAAGGUUGCGGGAAGGAGAGAAGAAGAAGAAGAGGAAAAAAAAAAAAGAAGAAGAAGAAGUCAGUGCGAGUGUUUGAAGGUGAGGACGUGUGAAGCCGCACAGCGGAUCAUGGUACAGCAAAGUGAGCACAGCGAGACGGAGAGCGGCGCGUCCCGCGAGGCCACAGACACGGAGGAAACCGAGAUGAGCGUCUGCAGCCCCGUGCCGCCAAAACCCGACUGGUGCCGGACGGCCACCGGCCACAUCAAACGGCCCAUGAACGCGUUCAUGGUGUGGUCGAAGAUCGAGCGGAGGAAGAUCAUGGAGCAGUCUCCAGACAUGCACAACGCGGAGAUCUCCAAAAGACUCGGCAAGCGCUGGAAAAUGCUAAAGGACAGCGAGAAGAUCCCGUUCAUCCGGGAAGCAGAGCGGCUGCGCCUGCAGCACAUGGCCGACUAUCCAGACUACAAGUACAGACCGAAGAAGAAACCAAAGCUGGACAACUCUUCCAAACCGGGCGCGCUGUCGCCGGAGAAAAACGGCAACAAGGCUGUCAAAGCUGCCGCAAAGAAGUGCACAAAGAUGAAGCCCAGCAAGCCGGGUAGCGUCGGCGUCAGUGCCAGAGCCGCGCAAGACGUCCGGUGCAGCUACGCGUUCACUAAAGUCAGCAAGUCGGUCAAGAGGGAACUUACGGACGACGAAGACGACGAUGAAGACGACGACGACGAUGAAGAAGACGACGACGACGACUACGAUGACGAGUCUCCCGUGCGCUUUAAAGCCGAGGACGACGAGGAGCACCUGAGGCCGUACGGUGUGGCCAAAGUGCCGGCGAGUCCCACGCUGAGCUCGGCCGCCGAGUCGGAGGGCGCGAGCAUGUACGAGGAUCCGUCGUCCGGGCGCGCGCACGCAACAGCCGGCUCGAGACUUUUUUACAGCUUCAAGAACAUCACGAAGCAGCAGCCGCACCACGCGAGCCGAGCCGCUGCGCUCUCACCGACUCCGUCUUUCCGCUCCGCGUCCAUCUCGUCGUCAUCGUGCGGGGAGGACGCGGACGACUUGCUGGUCGACUUCAGCUUGAACCUGGCGGCGGGCGGCGAGCCGACCAGCCACGCUUCAGGGAACUUGUGCCUCUCUCUGGUGGAUAAGGACUUGGACUCGUUCAGCGAGGGCAGCCUCGGAUCCCACUUCGAGUUCCCGGACUACUGCACGCCAGAGCUGAGCGAGAUGAUCGCAGGGGACUGGCUUGAGGCCAACUUCUCCGACUUGGUGUUCACCUACUAA